UCAUUGCAGAUGAGGCUGCUCCUGGCCUUAGCAGGCCUCCUGGUCCCUCUGGCCACGGCUCAGCCCUCUGAAAGUGCCACUCCAGCUGUCCUGGGGCAAGUGGAGACUUCGGUGGUGCUGACCUGUAUGGAGGAGGCCAAGCAGCUAGUGGACAAGGCCUACAAAGAACGGCGGGAGAGCAUCAAGCACCGGCUUCGCAGCGGCUCUGCCAGCCCCAUGGAGCUCCUGUCCUACUUCAAGCAGCCGGUGGCGGCCACCCGGACUGCGGUGAGAGCUGCGGACUACCUGCACGUGGCGCUGGACCUGCUGAAGAGGAAGCUGCGACCCUUGUGGCCAAGGCCUUUCAAUGUCACUGAUGUGCUGACGCCAGCUCAGCUGAAUCUGCUGUCCACAUCGAGCGGCUGCGCCUACCAGGACGUGGGCGUGAGGUGCCCUGAGCAGGACAAGUAUCGUUCCAUCACCGGGCAUUGCAACAACAGACGUAGCCCCACGCUGGGGGCCUCCAACCGGGCUUUUGCGCGCUGGCUGCCGGCAGAGUACGAGGACGGCUUCUCGCUGCCCUUCGGCUGGACGCCGGGGGUCGGGCGCGCGGGCUUCCCGGUGCCCCUGGCCCGCGCGGUCUCCAAUGCCAUCGUGCGCUUCCCCACCGAGCAGCUGACCCCGGACCAGCAGCGCUCGCUCAUGUUCAUGCAGUGGGGACAGUUGAUCGAUCACGACCUGGACUUCACCCCGGAGCCAGCCGCCCGGGCUGCCUUCCUCACUGGCCUCAACUGCGAGAUCAGUUGCCUGCAGCAGCCACCUUGCUUCCCCCUCAAGAUCCCACCCAAUGACCCUCGCAUCAGGAACCAGCAGGACUGCAUUCCCUUCUUCCGCUCCUGCCCAGCCUGCCCAGGGGGCAAUAUCACCAUCCGUAACCAGAUCAACGCGCUCACAUCCUUCGUGGAUGCCAGCAUGGUCUACGGCAGCGAGCACCCCUUGGCCAUGAAGCUGCGCAACCUGACCAACCAGCGAGGGCUGCUGGCUGUCAACACCCGCUUCCAAGACAACGGCCGGGCCCUGCUGCCCUUCGACAACCUGCACGAUGACCCCUGUCUCCUCACCAACCGCUCGGCGCGCAUCCCCUGCUUCCUGGCAGGGGACACACGCUCCAGUGAGAUGCCCGAGCUCACCUCCAUGCACACCCUCUUUGUUCGUGAGCACAACCGGCUGGCCACACAACUCAGGCGUCUGAACCCUAGAUGGAACGGGGAGACGCUCUAUCAGGAGGCCCGGAAGAUUGUGGGGGCCAUGGUGCAGAUUAUCACUUACCGGGACUACCUGCCCCUGGUGCUGGGGCCAGCGGCCAUGAGGAAGUACCUACCCAGGUAUCGCGGCUACAAUGACUCGGUGGACCCACGCAUCUCCAAUGUCUUCACGAACGCUUUCCGCUAUGGUCACACCCUCAUCCAGCCAUUCAUGUUCCGCUUGGACAAUCAGUACCGGCCCACGGGGCCCAAUCCCCGAGUCCCACUCAGCAAGGUCUUUUUUGCCAGCUGGAGGGUGGUGCUGGAAGGAGGCAUUGACCCAAUCCUCAGGGGUCUCAUGGCCACCCCUGCCAAGCUGAAUCGCCAGAACCAAAUUGUGGUGGAUGAGAUCCGUGAGCGGCUGUUUGAGCAGGUCAUGAGGAUCGGCCUGGACCUGCCGGCUCUGAACAUGCAGCGCAGCAGGGACCAUGGCCUCCCAGGAUACAAUGCCUGGAGGCGCUUCUGUGGGCUCCCGCAGCCCAGCACGGUGGGAGAACUGGGCACCGUGCUAAAGAACCUGGACCUGGCAAGAAAGCUGAUGGAGCAGUAUGGCACACCCAACAACAUCGACAUCUGGAUGGGCGGUGUGGCAGAGCCCCUGGAGCCCAAUGGCCGCGUAGGACGGCUCCUGGCCUGUCUCAUCGGCACCCAGUUCAGGAAGCUACGUGAUGGUGAUCGGUUUUGGUGGGAGAAGCCGGGCGUGUUCAGCGCACAGCAGCGGCAGGCCCUGGCCAGGAUCUCCUUGCCCCGCAUCAUCUGUGACAACACUGGCAUCACCACUGUGUCCAAGAACAACAUCUUCAUGUCCAACUCGUUCCCCCGAGACUUUGUCAGCUGUAACUCCCUCCCUGAGCUGGAUCUGGCUGCCUGGAGGAGCACGUAGAGGCCGGGAGCCUGUCUGGAGAGGAACUGGGGCCGGUGGCUUUUUGUACCAUUUGUAUUUACGGGACAUUGACAGUAAUAAAGCGCUGUGGAUGGG